AUUGGCUUCGCGACCGCAGGGCUCAGGUUACAUUCGCGAGCGGAGCCGAGCGCGGGAGAGCUGACCCCAGAGCGCUGCGGAGGGCUCGGCGCGGGUCCGCGGGCGCCGGUCAGCCGCGGAGUUCCCCAUCCGGCACCACAUAGACCCACCCCCGCCCUGCGCCAGCUCCGCCCAGCCGAGGACCCCCAACCCCAGCAUGGACUGCUGCACCGAGAGCGCCUGUUCCAAGCCUGACGACGACAUUCUAGACAUCCCGCUAGACGAUCCUGGUGCCAAUGCUGCAGCUGCCAAAAUCCAGGCGAGUUUCCGGGGCCACAUGGCGCGGAAGAAGAUCAAGAGCGGAGAACGCGGCCGGAAGGGCCCGGGACCCGGAGGGCCGGGCGGAGCUGGGGGCGCCAGGGGAGGCGCGGGCGGCGGCCCCAGCGGUGACUAGGCCAGAAUUGAGCAUUUUUGAAGUUCCCGAGGAGAGAUGGAUGCCGCGUCCCCUUCGCAGUGACGAGACUUCCCUGCCGUGUUUGUGACCCUCUCCUUCCCACCAACCUGCCAGCUUCAGGAGCCUCCCUGCGUCCCCAGAGACCCUGUCCCAAGCAAGCUCCGUCGAGGACUCUCUUAAGUCCGUGCCCUUUCAGUUCUCUAUUCUAGUACGGUCCCGGAUAGCCCUUCUUCCCCACCCUCGCUCUAAACCUUGCGCUCCCCAGUCGUCAUUCUUUGCUGCUCGACCCUUUCCCCGCACCAGCAUGCAGCUGCCACUGCAGCCUUGCGCUCCCCAGCGCGCACCGCGGAGGGCGCCAUAGCCUCUGCGUUACCCGAGGACAACCACUUAAAACAACAAAAAGUCCUUUCGUUCCAUGCUCAGCUAAAGGGGGCGCCCUUUGUCUUCGUGCUGUUCCCGCUACUGCCCAGCCCCAGAACUCUGGAUCUGGAGCGAGGAGGGGAGAAGGGUUUGUAUGGUAUCGGAUAGCCCUGGCUCGGAUGGGAAGGAAAGUUUCUAUUUUACACCCUACCCCAAGCCUGCCUGUAAUGCGCCCUGCCCUCUCCCGAGCGCACCCCGAGAGUCACCCUCCGCAGCUCUCUUGUUAUGCAAACGCCGAGCGCCGGGAGGCUCGGUGGGAGGGGUCUGCCGUGGCCCCACCCCUGCCCUGCUGGCCCCAGCCCGCCGGGCUCCUGGGGCUGCGGCCGGAAGGUUUUUUAAUCUCCGUGUGUGCAUGUGACUGUGCUGGGUUGGAAUGUGAACAAUAAAGAGGAAUGUCCAAGUGU